AUGGUGUCCCUGAUGCCGGCCAGCCCUUCUAUGAAGGGCGUUUCCGAGUUCUUUUUGGGGAAGUUGCCCACCGAGCAGAGGCAGCAACUCGACGCGGGCCGUUUCCUCCGCGUGGGCACCGCGUGCUCGGGCACCGACUCGCCCGUCGCUGUGUUCCGUGGCCUGGCGAAGGCAAUGCCCAGGCUAAAGGUCGAGCACACGUUCUCAUGCGAAAGCGACGUGAAGAAGAGACAAUGGAUUACGGACAAUUUCCCCGACUUGCCGUACCUUUUCGGUGACAUCCAGGAGUUGCCGACAGGCACAGCUUUCAACUACAUCACCGGGAAAGCGGCGCAAGUUCCACCCGUGGACAUUUUCAUUGCAGGCUUUGUCUGCAAGUCGGUGUCCUUGGAGAACAAUGAGAGAAAGAAGUACGCGAACUGCAUCAUAGAGGCGUGCGGUCUUACAGGCAUCACGUUCCAAGGGAUGAUCCAGUACGUUCAGCAAUUCCAGCCAGCUGUGGUAAUAUGUGAGAACGUGGAGGGCCUGGUCAAAAAAAACCGCGGGUUGGAGCCAGUAGUCAACCACGUCAAGGACAAAUUUGCCUCCAGCGGCUACGCCUUCCAUCACAAGGUGCUGGGCUCCAGGGACUUCCUGCUGCCCCACCGGCGCAAGCGGUGCUGGAUGUGGGCCUUCCGCGGCCUGGCGCACGCGGGCGCCGCGGCGCUGGCGGGCGAGGCCGUGCUGGCCCUGCGCCAGAAGAGGCAUUGGGAGAUGAACGCCCUCUUCCGGAGUGUGAAGGCCAGCGACGUCGACAUGCGGAGGCCGCUCAACGAGCGCGAGCGCUCCGUGGUGCAGAAGGUGCUUUCGAAGCUUUCGCCAAGAGAGCGCGGAGAGGAGGUCGUGGUGGACGUCGGCAAAUCUUUGGAGAGGGCGGUUCAUUGCGUAGGUGCAGCGCCACGCGUGGUUCCCAAUUCUCGACCAUACCGCGUAAAGAAGGACAAGCUCCUAUCGCCUGAGCAGGUCCACGCGGUGCAGGGGAUCUUCAAAGAGGACUUCCCUGCGCUGGCGCGCUGGGGAAAGGAGAAGAAAAUACUCACGCGCGACCUCGCUGGCAAUUCCUUCUCCACAACAGUGUGCAUGGCGGUCGCCAUCGCGGUACUUUGCCAUGGCCCGUUGCUAGGGACAGACGCCUUGAAGCGCAUUCAGGCGGUCACGGAGGAGCACCUCGAGGGGGCCGCCGCUCCAGCCACGCCGCCCGCGAGGGCCUCGCGCGCCCCCGUGGCGACGACGCCGCGGCGCGGCCCGCUGGCGAAGAGGUUGAGGGUGAAUUCCAGUGAC